AUGCUGGUGUUGUUGUUGGUGGUGCUGUUGUUGGUGGUGGUGUUGUUGGUGGUGGUGUUGGUGUUGUUGUGUGUAGUCUGUUUGUCUUCGAGAGCAACCAUGAAGACUUACCCUUGUGGACACAGGGUGGUCUGCAGGAAAUGUUUCGUGAAGACCAUCCAAACGGCGGUUUCCGAAAGAUGUUUGCCUCUCAAAUGUGUUGUGUGCAGAGCCAAGAUACUCAAAUUAAAACAGGUUGAUCCAAAACACGACGACGAUCGAAAGCCACGCAAACAUUACCACUUGCACCAGCAUCAGCAAACCUUGCAACAAUGUUGCAACAACCCAGGCAACAAUCAUUACUACAACAGAAGAUCUGUCUACAGUCUGCCCUCUCCAUACCAAACGAUCGCUCUUGCCACACGCAAGUCUCGCCACAGAUUCCCCGGAGACACCUCGCAUUCAACUUCGUCCGCCAUAUUUGUUGCCACAACACCAGUUCUCUUGACUUACAACAAUAAUGACAGCAACAUCGGCGGUAGCAACAUCAACAAUAACGCAACAAAUUUUACGAGCGCAGUUGAUGAGACGAGCAACGAGAACGCUGGCAACGGUUAUGUUUGCGGUGGCUUGGCAAGUUCUGCAUCUAGCAGGAGUCACAGCUACGUUAACCACCAUAACAAAUCUAACGGCGUACCAAGCAACGCAUGUAAAGCGCCCAACAACAAAACAUCAACCAGCCAUAAACUACAACAACAUUCCGUAGACCACCAAAACAAUAACUCAACAAGCAGCGCAGCAAGCAACAAUAACAGUUCUUAUAGCAUUGGCAACGGACACUGCAACGGUGGUUAUCAAAGUUCAUCUUCGACUAGCAUUUCUUCAAUAACCAAAACAACAUCAGCAACAACAUCCAAUAUAACCACGAUUAGCAAAUACACAAAAGGAAAUGCUGCGAAACAGAAUAACACGCCAUCCAACGGCAACUUCAACAGCGUUCAACAGCGACAGAAACACCAGCCACAUCACUCACAGCAUCAACAGUUAAUUAAAAUCCCUCCUCCUCCUCCCGUGCACAAGAGAAGAUCUGGCGAGAAGAGAUCAUUAUCGUCAUCCUCGACCACAAUCACGUCGUCAUAUUUCGCCGCCACAACUCCAGAUUUCAACAACAAUUUUAACGGCAAUGAUAAUUUCUGCAAGGAUGCAAGCAGUGGCAGCGUUUUAGCUCAACAUCAACUAAUGCUGGCCAUAAAUCAUCACUCUAAUCCUGCUUCCAGACUCAUUCAUUGUGUUGUCAGCGAUGUAAAUAACAAUAACGCCAACAAUAAUAGCAACGCUAACAACCUCAACAGCAACAACAGCAAUGACAUCAUCAACAACGGCAUCAGCAACAACACCAACAACAACAACAGCAACAGCAGCAUUAUAACAACGAAGAACAACGUUCAAUCGAGAGAUAAUGUGAUUAACAGUAUUAACACUUUCAACGACUUGACUGACAACAAUCGAAAAUCGGCAAGCAACAUAACCAACCACAACUACAGUUACACUAUUAAUUUGAGUAAUUUUCCUCUUACUCUCAACAACAACAAUAACAUUAAUAAUAACAAUAAUGCCAACAAUAAUAAAAUGAUGAAUAGCGAUGCUUAUAAUUUCAAGAAAUGCAACUUAUGCCAGCAACAGGUCAUGUCUAAUGGAAAGAACAACAACGCUCACUUUCAACGAUGCCCUCAUACAAACAUGAAUAACAACAACAACAACAUUAAUAACAAUAAUAGUUCAAACGCCAACAAGGCACCAGCUCAUAGCAGACUGUUGCAACAUCAGCUGGUGUACCCUGCUGAAUCGGCUCCCUCCACAGCGAAGCAUCUCAGUAAGAUUAAUGGAUGGGCUGAUGUCUGUGACAACAUUAGCAACAACAUCAACAACAGUAACGUCAACAACAACAACAACAACAGCAAUUACUAUACCAGCAACAACAACGCACUUUUUUCCACUCCUCCGUCAACGUUUAAAAUAUUCUCCGUUGGAAAACGAAAACCGAAAGCUAUGAAUUAA